UCUUCUUAAAUACAACCAUUUUCUCAUCAUUCAUGAGCAUUAGGACACAACACAACAUAUCCAGAGAAAUGGGUGACCUUCACUCUCUUGCUUACAGCUCCACUCUCCACCACCACAGCUCUUCCCUAGGUUGGGAUUUCCACAACCUUGGAGUUCUCAACGCAGACAAUAUGUCUCAUUUUAUGGAAGCCACUCCACCAUUUUUCUCUCCCUUUGAAUCUGAUUUCUCCACUGGUUAUCUACAAGAUGCUCUGUUUGAAUUCAAUGAAAGGUCUAAACGACGGCGUUUGCUGGUGUUUGCCGACAAUGGAUACAAAGAAACAAAUGAGCCUGUUAAGACUGAAUUUCAAGCUAGGCAGAGCUACUGGGACACAAACAACACAGAGAAUUGUUCAGAGAAUUUUAGUUACCUAAGUCAGAUAACUAGCUGCUAUGGAGUUUCAGGUGAACCCAUUUUGAGAGAGAUGAAAACACCAGAAGAGGAAAUAUCAGCUUCAGAAGCUUUUGAAUCUUCACAAUCUUCUCACAAAGACUCAGUUAACACCAACUACAUCCCUGACAAAGAAACCCUAUACUCCUUAGACCCCAUUUCUCCUUCUGAGGUUGGUGAAAAGAGAAAGAAGAGGGUGAUGACAAAGAGAUUGGUGUAUCCAUUUGCACUGGUGAAGCCAGGAGGGGUUGAAGGGGACGUGACCUUAAAUGACAUCAACGAGAGGAUCCUUAUGCCACCGACUCGGCCGGUGAGGCACCCCGUCGGAGACUACGCUUGCCGGCCACUCGUGUCGCCGGACGGACCGGGAUUGUCCGGCAAAGCUGUGGUGGCAUUUACUAGAAUUCACACCCAAGGCAGAGGCACUAUCACAAUAAUCAGAACUAAAGGUUAAAAAGAAAAGAGCUGUAAUUAGGAAGUGUGUUUUGCUAUUUUUAGCUAAGUUCAAAGCUCAUGCUUGCUUGAAUUGUAUAGGAGAGACAUUUGUAUGUAUGUAUGUUUGUAUGUAUUUUUGUUCACUUGUACACGUUAUAUACACUAGAGGUGUGGGCACACGGUGUGUGAAACAGUUAAAUCAAUCAUCGCAAUUAUUAAGUUUUGAAA